UCUAUAGGGGUCUAUAGGGGCCCUAUAGGGGCCAUGGCCUCGGUGCCCGUGUACUGCCUGUGCCGCCUCCCCUACGAUGUCACCCGGUUCAUGAUCGAGUGCGAUGGCUGCCAGGACUGGUUCCACGGCAGCUGUGUGGGGGUGGAGGAGGAAGCGGCCGCCGAGAUCGACCUCUACCACUGCCCCUCGUGCGCCCCACGGCGCGGACCCUCCGUCAUGAAGCGCCGCCGCUCCGCCCCACGGCCGCUGCCCCCCAACCGCGCCGGCAGCCCGGCCUUCAUCCGCGAGCUGCGCGCCCGCCCCUUCCCCAGCGCCGAUGAGGUCCUCUUACGGCCCAGUGGGGCUCAGCUGACCGUGGAGUACCUGGAGGAGAAGACCUUCAGCGUCCCCAUCCUGGUGGCCCGUAAAGAGGGCCUUGGCAUGACCCUCCCACCGCCCACCUUCACCCCCCGCGACGUCGAGCACUACGUGGGGGCCGCCAAGGAGGUGUCCGUGCAGGACGUUUGGCGCCAAACGGAGCUGCGCCUUCGCCUCAGCGACUUCGUGGCGUAUCUGAGCGGCUCUCGGCGCGACCGCGUCCUCAACCUCACCCGCCUCGAGUUCUCCGACACCCGCCUUUCCAACCUGGUGGAGACGCCGCGCAUCGUCCGGAAGCUUUCGUGGGUGGAAAACCUUUGGCCGGGGGAGUCGGCGUGCGAGCGUCCCAGCGUGCAGAAGUAUUGCCUGAUGGGCGCCCGCGACAGCUACACCGACUUCCACAUCGACUCCGGGGGCACCUCCGUCUGGUACCACGUCCUCAGGGGCGAGAAGAUCUUCUACCUGGUUCGCCCCACGGCCGCCAACCUGUGUCUGUUCGAGGCGUGGAGCAGCUCCCGCGGCCGCAGCGAACUCUUCUUUGGGGACCAAGUGGAUCGCUGCUAUCGCUGCCCCCUGCGCCAGGGGCAGACCCUCUUCAUCCCCACCGGAUGGAUCCACGCCGUGCUCACCCCCGUCGACUGCUUGGCUUUCGGGGGCAACUUCUUGCACAGCCUCAACAUUGAGAUGCAGCUCAAGGCGUACGAGAUCGAGCGGCGCCUCAGCACCGCCGACCUCUUCAAGUUCCCCAACUUCGAGACCAUCUGCUGGUACGUGGGGAGGCACCUCCUGGACACCUUCCGAGGGCUGCGGGAGAACCGCCGGCACCCGGCCGCGUACUUGGUUCACGGGGCGCGAGCCCUCACCGCCGCCUUCCGCGCAUGGACCCGCAAGGAGGUUUUGGGGGAGCACGAACACGAGAUCCCCGAAAAUGUGAAGCCCGGGCAGCUCAUCAAGGAGCUGGCGAAGGAGAUCCGACUGGUGGAGGAGCUGUUCCAGCAGAGCGCUGGGAAGUCGGGGUCCCACUUUGGGCCCCCCCGCCCGCUGCCUCCCCCUGCGAAAAAGGGGGGGCCCCGACGCCCCCCACCCCCAAAACCCCCAGACCAGGAGGACCCCCCGAGUUCCAGCGGCGAAGACACAGACCCUGAAUCCGAGGGGGGAGACCCCGAAACUGGGCUGCAAAACGGGGGGGGACGGUCCCGCCGGGGUGGAUUUUGGGGUCCCCCGGGCCCCCCCCAUUCCCCGUCCCCCCCCGUGGAUUCUGAAGAGGAGCUGCAGAUCGACGAGACCCCCCCCCGGCGCGGCCCCCGACGCCCCCCCCCCCCCCCUAAAUCCUCUCUUACCCCCCUCAACUCCCCCCCAACUCCCAUUUUGGGGGGGCUGGUGGUGCCUCGCCCCUUUGUAGCCCCCCCCCCAAACUUGGGGUCCCCCCAAAUUCCCCCCUCAGGACUCCCCCGUAAGCUCCCCCGCGCCAAACCCUGCUCCGACCCCAACCGCGUCCGCGAGCCGGGAGAGGUCGACUUCGAUAUCGAGGAGGAUUACACGACGGAAGAGGAGGAGGGGGGGGGACUCCUGGACCUGCUCAAGGCCAGCCGGCAAGUGGGGGGCUCCGAGUACCCCCCCAUCGGCGAGGCUCCCGCCUCCCCCAGCACGCGGGAAGCCAUCCAGGGGAUGCUGUGCAUGGCCAACCUCCCCGCGGGGACCCCCCUGGGCCCCCCGACUUGGGGUUGGUCUGGGGGUUCAGGGCCCGAACGAGGGGGGGCCGGGAUUUCGGGGGGGCCCCGACGCGCCCCCCCCGGCGCCCCCCGAAGCACCGACAGCGAGGACGACGGCAGCCUGGACGAGCAGGACAGCCUGGGCGCCUGCUUCAAAGACGCCGAGUACAUUUAUCCCUCGUUGGAGUCGGACGAGGACGACCCCGCUCUCAAAUCGCUCCCCAAAAAGAAGAAAGUCACCGAUGACGCCCCCUGGAGCCCCAAAGCGCGGGUGACGCCGUCGCUGCCGCGUCAGAGCCGCCCCGUGCGCGAGGGCACCCGCGUGGCCUCGGUGGAGACCGGGCUGGCGGCCGCCGCCGCCAAACUGGCCCAGCAGGAGCACCGCAAGCUGCAACGCCGGAAGGGCCCCCCCAAACGCCGCCCCCCCUCGCCGCCCUCCCCCGAGGAGGAAGAGGAGGAGGAGGAGGAAGAAGAAGAAGAAGAGGAAGAGGAAGAGGAGGACGAAGAGCCCGAACCGGUGCCCGAGGCCGGGGGGGACCCCGAGACAGAGGUUGGGGGACCAGAAUUGGAGCCGGACCCCCCCCAGGACCCCCCGUACCCCCCAAGUUUGGCCGAUCACGAGUACACGGCUCGUCCGGGGGGCGCUGGGGGGUUUGGGGGGGCUCAAGCGGGGCGAGCGCCCACCCCCAUGGCCCCCGGCGUCUUCCUCAGCCAGCGGCGACCCCCCCCCCACCGCCACCACCGCCCCCCACGGUAACGGGGGAAGCGCCCCCGGAAGGGAUUGGCGACGGCCAAACAGCGCCUCGGCCGCAUCCUCAAGAUCCACCGCAAUGGGAAACUGCUGCUCUGAGGCCACGCCCCCGGCCACGCCCCCACCCUUAUAUGGACAGGACACGCCCACUUAAAAAGACUGGUAUGCUUUCUCUGGGUGAGGCUGUGGGGAAGGGGGCGUGACCAAUGUGUGAUGUGGGCGUGGUCUCCGUUAAACCACGCCCCCCUCCUGUGCCGCUAGAGGGUGGGGGUGCGGCCAUGUGGCGCUCCCCUCCCUUAUAUGGACAUGGCUGAAGCACGGAGGGGUGGGGCCACACCAAGCCACACCCACAAAGGAAAGGUCUGCGGAUAUGGGGUGUGGCUUGAGGGAAACCACGCCCCCCUGAGGGCCAAACCACGCCCCCUUCAGGCCAAACCAUGCUUCCAGUAAUGGAAG